UUCAGCUCUCUCUCCCUUCAUCCGUUUUUAAGUUGUUCUUCGUCUCUCUAUUCUUCUCUUGAUCUCGUUCGCAUUCUGUUCUCUCUUCCGUAUCUCCUCCCUCCACUUCGGAACCCACAUUAAUAGAGGGAGACAGAGAGAAGGAGAUCGGACUGUCGUUUCUUGCGAUUCGAGGGAAGGCUGAGAUCCUGUGGAGGGAACAGGAAUUUGGAUCUCUAGCUGCGAUUUCUAGCCGGGCGACAGCGAUUCCGAGACGGCUUCUCUAUUCUGUGAGAUCGCUCCUGCUUUCGAGAGUCUGAGCAAUGACGGCCGAUGCGAGCGUGUUUAAUGGUGGAUCUGUGGUCGAAUUGGAGCGGGGGACGGUGGGUCUGGGUUUAGGGUUGGAGUGCGAUCGCAAGGAGAGUGGGGAUGCAGAUGGCAUUGUGUGGCGGGUUGGUGAGGAGAAGGAUGGGAGUCGGAUUGGGCGAGCAGUCAUGGUGGAGAACGGCAAUUUGAACGAUUCGCGGGGUAAGGAUCUGGAUCUGGACGGCAAGGAUAAGUCGGUCACCGUCAGAGAUCCGGAAACGAGGGAAGGCAAACGGGAAGACGGGGAAUUGACUGUGGAGAAUGGGGGCGACCGCGAAGAAAGUGUCGAUCCCGUGAUAAAACUAGCAGUGAGCGGGGUUGAUACUUGUAGGAAAACGACGGCCUCCAGUGAUGUGGCAGAGGUAAAAAUUGAAUCACAAUCAGAAGGAACUGACGAAGGACAUUCCAAGGAAGAGGCAGACACUAAUGAACAGAAAGAGGAAAAUGAAUAUGAGAUGCCCAGUGAAAAGGAAAGUGAUGCAAAAGGUGGAGCAUGCAAGGAGAAAGGGGAGAUGAGCAGGGAGGAGGUGAGCUUCAAGAAUAAUCAUGAUCACAUGGAGGAUAAUUGUAGUCUAGAACCCUCUAAGAAUACAAAUGAAGUUGAAACAGACUCAGUUACUAAGGUAGGAGAAAAGCAAGAAGGUGAAACCUCAUUGGAGGAGACAAACCUUGAAGAAGAAUUAGAAUUUGUUAUUGAGGUACAAAAGAAAUCUGAGACUGUAGUUGCAGUUGAUGACCAAGUUAGCUCAGACCCCACCGUUGAUGACAAAAGGCAAGAACCUAAUAUCAUUGGCAUUGAAGCCAAUGAGCAAGCAGUAUCUGAAUCAUCUGUGAUAGAAGGUAGUGAACUAGAAGCAAAAAUUGUGGCCAGUGAUAUGUACCAUGAACAACAGAAAGCAUUUGAUGGAAAGGAAGAGAAGCUGGAGAUCAUUGCUAAUACUACAGGUGCUGAUGACCAAGCAGAUAAGGCUGCACCCUUUGCAGUCGAAACAAAAGAGCUGCAGUCUGUGCCUAUGACACCAAAGAAUCAUGACCAAGCAGAGUUGGUUGUUCUUGAAUCCCAAGUUACAGGGACCAAAGAUCAAGAAGAACUAGAAGUAGGUACCAAAGUAGAAUUGGAGAAGGAUCCAAAGAUUGCGUUGACAGACUUUCAGAACCAAGCUGAACUGAUGCCAGAUGCACAAGUUGAUAAAGAUCAGAAACCUGAGAAUUUUGUUACAGAUGCCAUGCCAUCUGAAUCUUCUAUUGAGCAUAUGGAAAUGAAGCUGUCGAAUUUUACCAAUAAUAUAUGCUUGGAUGAAAAUGGGACAGUCUUAGAUGUCGAUAUAAGAAGCAGUUUAUUGGCAGUUGAUGUCAGAGUAAGUAAAGAUGAAGCAGGUGGUGAAUUCACUGGGACUGGUGAAAUCAUAGCCAUCAAACUUUCUGAUGAUUUACCUUCUACAGAAGGUUCCAGCAGCUCAGGUGUGCCUCACGUUGUUGAUCGGGAAGUGUUGGUAGAAGUUGCUACUUCUAUGGAAGUGCUUCUAGAUGCCAAUGCACAAUCAGACAGUUGUGAAGAAGCAAGUCAAACGGAAUUGGAAGGUGGUAAUUUCAGUGCAGUAGAUGUACCGGGCCCAUCAGAUACCAUUAGCAGUAUGCAUUUAGAAUCACAACUUGUUAAUGAAGGUGAAAGUAUGUCAUCUUUUGCUAAUAUUCAUACGGACAUACAAGUCAAGUUAUGCAAUGAUGCAGCUGAAAAUGAAAGUGUUGUUGCUGAAACUGGCUUUGAUGUAGCUGCUGAUCAUGUUGAUACAGUUGAAUCGAAAUCCAGGGUUGAAAAUGGAUCUGUAGAAUCAAAAACUUCUUUGGCCAGUUCUAUUGAAGAUAAACCAUCUGCUGAUGUGGAUGACAAAGAAGCUGGGCAUGGGGAUUCUGGAGUUACAGAAGAGAUUCAGGUCUCAACAAAGGAUCCUGGUGCUUCAACAUUCGAUCAUGUUGAAACUGGCUUUGAUGUAGCUGCUGAUCAUGUUGAUACAGUUGAAUCGAAAUCCAGGGUUGAAAAUGGAUCUGUAGAAUCAAAAACUUCUUUGGCCAGUUCUAUUGAAGAUAAACCAUCUGCUGAUGUGGAUGACAAAGAAGCUGGGCAUGGGGAUUCUGGAGUUACAGAAGAGAUUCAGGUCUCAACAAAGGAUCCUGGUGCUUCAACAUUCGAUGCUCAGAAGGCGGACACCCCUAUAGGGAAACCCCAAGCUUGUUACAUAAUUAGAAUACCAAGAUUUGUUGAUGAUCAGCUCUCAGCAAAUAUACAAAUUGCUCAGUCAGAAAUGAACGAGAAAACACAGAAAAGGGAUUCUAUCAAAGUUGCUAUCGAGAACCAGAAGGUGUCCUGUAAUGAAUCAUGGAAAAAGUUUGAAGAUGCAAAAGCAGAAGAGAGAGCUGCAAGAGCUGCAGUUAAUGCCAAACGCCAACAGAUAGAUUCUGUCCAGUUAAUGAUGAACAAGUUGAAAAAUGCACAUUCAAUUAAUGAACUCCAUGAUAAGAUACAAACCAUGGAAUUUGAGCUUCAGCAUGAAACCAUGCCUUUGAAAGAAGAAAAGCAAUACAUACAUGAGCUCAAACAGUUGAGACAUCAACGGGAUCAACUUACUUCCAAUUUAGGUUCUCAGGCAGAAAUUGAUGAGGCAUUUAACCAAAGAGAACAGAUUGACAAGCGGUUCAAGAUUUUGAAGAAGGAACUGGAUACCCUUAGAACUGAAUUGUUGCAAACUGAAAGGAAUGCAAAUACUGCCAGGAAGAAGUAUGAUGAAGAACAAUUACUUCUCAAAGGUCUUCAACAACAAUUUAGAGAUGCUGAUGCUGUUCGUCAGAAAGCAUAUGGGCAUUGGCGGGAACUCAAAAAUAUGUUGAUCGAAAAGAACAAACAUUUUAGCAUGUACAAAAAUGAUCAGAAGUCCGCAGAGAACUAUCUAUCUUCAAGAGAUUUUGAGGGGCUCCUGCGACAUUGUAGUAAACAGGUUGAAAAAGUAAUGGAAUUGUGGAACAAUGAUGAGGAGUUCCGCUUGCAGUAUGUUAAAUCCAACAUGAACAGCACAUUGAGGAGAUUGAAUACAUCUGAUGGAAGAUCACUUGGCCCAGAUGAGGAUCCACCUGUUAUACAUAGUAACCAGGGCAAAGGUUUAGGCCUUCAUCACCCACAAGCCAACGUUGGUGUAUCUGUUAAACCUGUAGCUUUGGAGGCAAAAUUAGAAACAUCCAAAGAGGACUCAUUUCCCGCUUUGCCAGCAGCAACGAAGAAUCAGCCUGUUAAACCAAAAAAACCAGCAAAACCCAUGUUAGAUGAGACUAAGGAAACAUCUACUGCUAGAGUUUUGGUUAGAGAAGUCGAAAACAGUGCGAAGGUGAUCAGUGUAAUAAAGGAGGAAGAGGAGCGGAUAAAGAACUUACAAGAAUCCUCUAAGAAGGAAGAGGAAUUGAGGAAGGAAAAGGCUACAGCCGAGUUAAAAGAACAGUGUCGGCUGGAGCAAAGGGCUAAAGCCAAGGAGGCAGAAGAAAGGAAAAAGAGACAAGCCGAGAAGGCACACGCCAGAGCAGAAUACCAAGCACAGAAGGAAGCUGAACUGAGAGAGAAGAAGAAAGCAAAGAAGCAGAAAAAGAAAGGCAUGACUGCUGAGGACACAACAGGUGGCGCCGAGGACGGCCCUGCGCCCUCUACUGAUACUAUUAUGCCCAAAGCAGCUCGUGAAACCGAUGUCACAGUAACAACAGCACCAAAGAGACCUUCAAGGGCGGCUAUCACAACAAAGCAGUACAAGAUGCAGCCUGUUCCCUUGCCACUUCGCAAGAGGGGUAGGAGAAAGAUGGCUACAUGGAUGUGGGUGGUUCUAACAGUUAUCGUAGUACUCUUAUUGUUUCUGGCAGGCAACUACAUCUCCUUCUCCAGCUUCAGCUUCCCACAAUCGGCCCCGUGAGCAUCUUCAUACCCCAUACUUACACAAGCAUAUAUUUAUUAAGGUCUAGAGAGGAUAGGAAUGAGUAAAUGUUAUUAAAUAUUGAUUGGCAACCAUUUUUUCCUGCACUACUCGGUCUUCUUUCAUUAGAUUGGUCUCACUCAUAUAGUCUGCUCUUUCUAUUUGCAAUCGAGGAUUAGACUCAAUAUGGAUGAUAAUUAAUAUGUGUGAUGCUUAAGUUCAAAAUAAUAGGUAUUUUGUGGUUCUUUUA